AUGGAGUUGUCUGCGUCCCUUACGCGAGGUGUGACUAAAGCUGGAAACAAAGCUGAAAUAGGUGACAGCGAGUAUGCGCAGCUUGUGACCAUGAUUUUCCAAGUGGCUGUAUCGCGCGAUUUUGAAGGACAUGCCUUCGACGGUCGCGGCGACCUGCAAGAUGCUGUGAAGGAGGCUGGGGCUGGUCUCCUAGCGCUAAUCGUUGAGAGCGCAAAGAGAGACUUUGAUGAGUCCUUGUUACGGCUCCAGCUGGAAGAGUGCAAGAUGCCUGGCGACCGCGUCAAUGUUAUUCUCGAAAAUUACAAGAAACAUAAACACGCGAUUCGUAUGAGACUCAGUGAGCUAAGCACUGGACGACCUCCUCACUUAGUGGGCGUUGACUGGGCAAUGGAUUACCGCGUGAAGCAUGGACAUUUGACUCGUUUAGAUGAACCCGUUUUCCGAGUUAACCUUGGAAAUGACGCCACGUCGUUUGAAUGUAACCUGGCGCAAAUGCAGGACUUGGUUCACACGCUCAGAGAUGCUGUGAAGUGUGUUCAGGGGAAAGUGCAAGGCGACGUUGCCUGA